AUGAAGUCUUUCCUUGCUCUUGUUGCCCUUGCUGCUUUGUGCAACUCAGCAUACUCCCUGAGAGAAGGAACUUAUAAGAUCCGUGCCUUAGGCGCUGACGCCAACAAGGUGUUGACCGAAGUACCUGGUCAGCCAGAAAUCGUCUUCGACGUCGCUAGCCGGCACCCAGGUCAAACUUGGAACUUCGAAUUAGACCCGGAAAACGCGAACUACUUCCUUAUCCAAAACAUUCUUGGUGCAUACAUCAACUGCGAAUCCGAGGGCAGCCUUUGCACAGCUGGAGACGAGCCUACAUCAUACCGUCCGGAGCUAGUCAGCGAAGCCGACAAAUCAUACGAGCUGGUUGCCAACGGAACUGGCUAUUUCCUGCGUUUUGCAGAGGGCGACAAGCUGAAGCUGGCUGGGUAUGAUCAAGGUGUCGACCAAGAAUUUGUCUUUAUUAAGGCUUGA